AUGAUUGAUAACUACGACAGCUUCACUUAUAAUCUUUAUCAAUAUCUUACCAUCUCCGGCGCUAACAUUGUCGUUGCACGUAAUGACAAGAUAUCCAUCUCUGAAAUCGAGGCAUUGCGUCCGAAGAACAUCGUAAUUUCACCUGGUCCUGGUCAUCCUAGCACUGAUUCAGGCAUUUCUAGGAAUGUCAUCAAACAUUUUGCAGGUAAAGUUCCUAUCCUCGGCGUAUGCAUGGGGAUGCAAUCUAUGUUUGAUGUUUACGGUGGCCAUGUUAGCCAUGCUGGUGAAAUUAUUCAUGGAAAGACUUCAGCAGUUAAGCACGAUGGUAGAGGUCUUUUCAAAGGCGUUGCUCAGGAUAUCGAAUCAACCAGAUAUCACUCACUCGCACCUGAAUUGACUUCUUUCCCUCCUGAACUAGCCCUUACCGCUUCAACUAAGCACUCUGGCGUUGUUAUGGGUAUUCGUCAUCGUAGAUUCACCGUUGAAGGUGUCCAAUAUCACCCUGAAUCUAUCCUCAGUGAAGGCGGUAGAAAGCUUCUCGAAAACUUCCUCCUCUUGAAGGGUGGUUUAUGGACUGAGAACCCUGAAUUCGGCGUUGGUGACGAGAAAGCUCCAAAAGUUGAAGCUGAUAAGAGCGUUAAUGGCGUCGGUGCAUCUCCACACUCAAAAUCACAAUCAAAACUACCAACGAUACUCGACAAGAUUAAGCAACAACGCUUAUUAGACAUCGAAGAAUCAAUAAACACACCUGGCAAAUCUCAUUUCAACAUCAACGAGUCUUUAGAGUUAGAUUUAGCACCACCCCAGAUCAGUUUCAGUGACAGAGUAAAACAAAAUCCAGCAAGACCAGCUGUAAUGGCUGAGAUAAAGCGUGCAUCGCCCUCUAAAGGUCUGAUCGCGCCAAAUGCAAACGCAGCGACUCAAGCCAAGUCCUACGCUCUCGCAGGCGCCUCAGUCAUUUCCGUUCUCACCGAGCCUAAAUGGUUUAAAGGCUCGCUUCAAGAUAUGAGAAUGGCAAGGGCUGCGAUAGACGGUAUGGCGAAUAGACCCGCCAUCCUCCGCAAAGAUUUCAUUCUUGACAUAUAUCAAAUUGAUGAAGCUAGAUUAUAUGGUGCUGAUACAAUUUUGUUGAUUGUUGCUAUGCUGUCGAAAGAAAAGUUGGUAGAAUUAUUCGAAUACGCUAGAUCUAGAAGUAUUGAAGCGUUAGUUGAGGUCAACAAUGCAAAUGAAAUGGAGCUCGCCAUAGAGAUUGGCUCAAAAGUUAUUGGAGUGAACAACCGCAACCUACACGAUUUCAACGUUGAUAUGUCGACUACUUCGAGACUAGCUGAUAUGGUAAAAGAUAGAGACAUAUCAUUAUGCGCUUUAUCAGGAAUCACAGGCAGGAAGGAUGUCGAAGCCUAUCUUGAGCAAGGCGUAGAUGCCGUUUUGGUUGGUGAAUCACUGAUGCGUUCAUCUGAUCCAGAUGAAUUCAUAAGGGAGUUGACCAACACGCCAGCAAAAGAAGAGGAUUACAAAGGACCACUAGUUAAGGUUUGCGGGAUUUCUACAAUCACUGAUGCGCUGGUAGCCAAAGAUUCUGGUGCAAAUUUUAUUGGGAUGAUCUUCGCAGAAGGCAGCAAGAGGAAAGUGACGCUGCAGCAAGCCAGAGAUAUCUCAUUAGCUGUGAAGAACUCUGCCAACGCUUCAAAUACUGUGUUUGAAGGUGUGCAUUCUUCCGAAUACAACGACACUUGGUUCGAUUACCAAGCACGAGUGAUAGAAUCUGCGUCGAGAAUACGUCCACUUCUCGUCGGAGUGUUUCAAAAUGCCACACUCGAAGCAAUUCUCGAAGCAGUACACAAUGUACCUCUCGACAUUGUACAGUUACACGGCAACGAGCCUAUAGAGUGGACUCGGAUGAUACCUGUCCCAACGAUUAAAGUGUUCCACAUAUCAGGAUCGGAUGAGGCUCACCAGCUGCUUAACCUCCGUCAGAGCGGAUACCACAGCAUGAGUCUACUGGACACGGCUGUUCCCAACUCACAGCUCAGCGGCGGCGCUGGUAAAGCGUUCGACUGGAAGAUAACCAAACAGAUAAAUACACAUCGCCUUAACUCAAUUCCUCUCAUUGUCGCCGGUGGACUCACACCCGAAAAUGUGCAGGAAGCCGUCGAGGUAUCGAAACCAUGGGCUGUGGAUGUAAGCUCAGGUGUGGAGACGCAAAGCAAGAAGGAUGUAGUUAAGAUAGUAGAAUUUGUGAAAAAGGCUAAAACUCUUAAAUAA